UUAGGGUGCUAAACUAACACAGCCUCUCCUGUUAGGAAGUGGAGAUUUGGCAACACAAAUAUUCACCAGCACAACAUUGCUGAAAUGUUGUAACAGAUUUGACUUUCUGGUCCUACUUAGAAUUUCAGAGCUGGAAGGGACUUGAGAGAUCAUCCUUUUUCAAGCUUCCUUGUUUUAAACUGUAGAAACCUGGGUCUAGAGAGGCAAAGAAACUUGCCCAAGACACUGAUGAGACAAGCUUUUGAUAAUCACAUUUGUUAGAUUAAGGAUUAAAUGUUAAAUGGUUUUUGUUUGUGAUUCCUCCUUCUUUGAAAGCAUUAUUUAGAUUCUCCAAAGUAGUCAAUUGUGAACAAUGACCAUAGCCCCUGGGGGCUGAUAUGUGUCAUAAUAUUGAUGUAUUUGAGGUAUUUUGUUUUUAGUAACUUUAGGGACUGGAUUCACACCUAACUGCCCAACAUAUAUUAAGUGAAUUCAAUUUGUUUGACGAAUAUAUUUUAAAGACAGCUGGGUGGAGUUGUAGGUGAAGUUUUGAGCCACCUGCAAAUCUGCCCUGGCACCAUUCUGGGUUUAUGUGCAAACCAGUGUAUGGAAGGAGGUUGGAAUCAGCUGUGUCUCCUAAAGCAUCUCAUGUCCUGAUAGCUGCAGAACCCCAGUGGCUGAGUGAAAAGGCUAAACCUGCUCUUUUCCCUUGCCCCUGCCAGCAUUCUUUAUCAAACUGACCUGCUUUCCUGCUGGGAGACUCUGCCCCACUCCACCCACCUGGUGCCUCCCUGGAUUUCCUGACUGCCAAGAGUUUAUUUUUUAACCUUCUCUUCCUUGAAAAGCACCACCCGACUGACCCAGAAUGUAGACUCCUCCCCUCUGGUCACUCUGAUCACCCUAUUCUCCUGGGCUAACCAUUCCUCAUCACCCUCCCAACCCCCUGGAAAAUCAGCCGCAAUAGGGGGCCUUCCAAUUCCCUUAAAGCCCCUUUCCUACCUUGAACUCUCUGAAAUUACAAGCAGGGCAGGAAGAAGAGGGGAAAUGCUUAGGUUUUGAGCAGGUAAUGGCUGGGCCAGGUGGGACUGGUACUAGCUUAUUAAAUUCAACUGCCCCGGGGCCUGAGGGCCACUUCUGAUAAUUUAGGAUCUGGGUUAGGGAUGGCUUGCGGGGUAAGGGAGUAAUUACUACUCUGGCCUCUGCCCAACACACACACCCUACCUCUAGAGAAUCCCAGCCUUAAUCUGGGAGAAACCCCAAACCCAAACAAACAGUCUCCUCCCAGGCGCCGAGAGCCCACCCAGCUCUGUCACCCUUCCUCCUUGCCCCGGGCCAGUAGCCUAGACAGGGGGAAGGACCAGGCGCCGGUUCCACUCCCCGCACCCAAGCCCAGCCUGGGCCGAGGGGUUGAGGGGUGGGAGGCAGGGGAAGCGGGGGGCGGAGUUCCGUCCUCUGCUGAUUGGCUCCACGCGGAUGGGCUGCGGCCGUGCCGGGCCAACCGGCAGCGUGUUGCUAUGUGCCGAGCCGAGGGGAUAGGUGCGGGGGCGCGUCCGUCACGGGGCAGCCCCCGGCCCCGACCGGAGGGAUGCGGAGUGGCGGCCGUGGCAGUGGCGGAGACUGUGGCUUUAAGAGCGCGCCGGGAGCCCGCGGUCCAGCCGGGACGUCCUCUGCUGCUGCGCAUCCCCGCGGAGCCGGGCCCGGCGCUGGCCGGACGGGGCAGUCAGCCGCCGGGCUGCUGAGAACCAGCCCUAGACCUCUGCUUGAGGGUCCUUCCUCUGAAGACAUCACUAGUGUGUGGAGCCUGCCCCACACCCACCCCCUGCCAAACCACGGCCUUUACCUGUGUCUUCCGGUGUUUCCCGUGCGACCCGUCCUGUGGGAGUGCCUCGUGGGCUGCCCCAGAGUUCACCCCACGAUCAGCGGCGCCAAUGGUGAAGAUGACAAGAUCCAAGACUUUCCAGGCGUACUUGCCCUCUUGCCACCGGACCUACAGCUGCAUUCACUGCAGAGCUCAUUUGGCCAAUCAUGAUGAACUAAUUUCCAAGUCGUUCCAAGGAAGUCAAGGACGAGCGUACCUCUUUAACUCAGUAGUUAAUGUGGGCUGUGGCCCUGCAGAGGAGCGUGUGUUGCUCACAGGACUGCAUGCAGUUGCAGACAUUUACUGUGAAAACUGCAAAACUACGCUGGGCUGGAAAUAUGAACAUGCUUUUGAAAGCAGCCAGAAAUAUAAAGAAGGCAAAUACAUCAUUGAACUAGCACACAUGAUCAAGGACAAUGGCUGGGACUGAUCGCACAGCAUCCGCCCAAUCCAGUGUCCGUGUGAACGCCAUCCAACUGAACCUUCUACCCAAGCGUGAGAGAGUGACUGAACACUUGGUUCCAUCCAUGUAGGGGCCUUGCCAUCGGGGGCUUCCUCCCGCCCUGACACCAUCUUUCUGGUGACGGGCCUCUAAAUCACUGUCUCUCUGUCUCUUUGCUUUGUAUCUGUUUGUGAGUUGAUCCUGGCUUCUCUCUCUGUUCUAGCAUUGGCUGAAAACAAAACAAUGAAAGGAACAGAUCCUUGACCGUGUUGUGGCAGCCCACCUUGAUAAGGGCCCCUGGGGCCUGUGCAAGAGCUGCCUGACGGCCUCUUGUCAGGAGAGCAGUGGCAUGGGGGUGAGAGGAAAAGGGAAAAGGGGGAAACCCUGGGAGUCCUGGGGAUGGGUAGGGGGUGGGAGGAUCGAGGUCGCAACAGAAUUGAGCUGCUCCUGGAGACCUGAUAACUUAGGCUUGAAAUAAUCGACUUGUCUGAAAGGACAAA